UUGGGGAAAGCGGAGAGGUCGACACGGUUCAGCCAGAAUCGUCUCUUCCAGAGUGAUCAGAAGAGGCUCUAUGAAUCAUUGGAGCGACCAAUGGUAAGUGGAAUGGGUCCAGCACCGAAUCAGGCCGACACUGUAGCAUUCUGGCGCGGCCUGUGGUCAGAGCCCGUAAACCACAGCGAGGGCCCUUGGACGGAGGUUGUGGCGAGUCAGUGUGCGAGUAUAACGCCCAUGGACCCCGUCAUUAUAACACUGGAUGACGUAGCUGAGGCGGUCCGUAGGGCCCCGAACUGGAAAAGUCCGGGACUCGACGGGCUGCGUCACGACUGGCUGAAGGGGUUCGUGGUGUGUCACACUGUGCUCGCCCGACAGUUUCAAGAGGCUCUCAACCAGAAGUCGCUCCCGAGCCUCUUCACUACAGGGGUCAUCCAUUUGGUUCCUAAAGACCAGGGUACCACAGACCAAGCAAAUACCGCCACAUCACGUGUCUACCGACCAUAUACAAGACACUUACAUCCAUUUUGA